AUGUUGUCCAUCUCGGUCCCUAUUUUCCCUCCCCUUCAUCCCGAUCAUAAGCUCACUACCCUUGAGCUUAAGGAUGGUACCCUCAUCCAAGGUUACUCUUUCGGAGCUGACAAGUCCACUGCAGGAGAACUCGUUUUCCAAACUGGUAUGGUUGGCUACCCAGAGUCAAUCACAGACCCUUCUUACCAAGGCCAAAUCCUUGUCAUUACUUUCCCACUCGUCGGAAACUAUGGUGUCCCCUCUCGCACUGAAAUCGACCCCAUUGUAAAGUCUCUCCCAAAGUACUUUGAAUCUAACAAGAUCCAUGUCGCAGGUCUCAUUGUUGCCUCAUACACUGAAGAGUACUCCCACUACCUUGCUACCUCUUCCUUAGGCUCUUGGCUUAAAGAAGAAGGCAUCCCUGCCAUUUAUGCCGUCGAUACACGCUCCCUCACAAAGUACAUUCGUACUCGCGGUUCUACCCUUUGCAAAAUAUUAUCAAGCAAAAAUACUUCAUCUACCCCUAAAUUCCCAGCCGAUUUUAAUACCAUUGAAUGGAUAGACCCCAAUACUAGAAACCUCGUCAGUGAAGUCUCCCACAAACAACCAACCCUCUACGCCCCUCCCACAGAUAGACCUCUCCUCAAGGGCCCAGAUGGUAAGGUCAUUCGUAUCCUUGCUAUUGAUGUCGGUAUGAAGUACAAUCAAAUCCGCUGCUUUGUCAACCGCGGUGUCGAACUCAAGGUUGUCCCUUGGGAUUACGACUUUUCAACAGAAGAAUACGACGGUCUCUUCAUUUCAAACGGUCCAGGUAACCCAGAAACUGUCGCCCAAGUCUCUAAGAAUAUUAAGCCCCUUCUCGACCAAAAUUCAAAGACUCUUAAACCAAUCUUUGGUAUCUGUCUCGGUCACCAGCUUUUGGCCAUUGCCUCUGGUGCUUCUACCCAUAAACUCAAGUUUGGUAACCGUGGUCACAAUAUCCCUGCUACAAACCUCAUUUCCGGAAGAUGCUACAUCACCUCCCAAAACCACGGUUAUGCUGUCGACGUUGAAACCCUUUCUUCUGGCUGGAAGGAGCUCUUUGUUAAUGCUAAUGAUGGCUCUAAUGAAGGUAUCUACCACGAAUCACUCCCCUUCUUCUCUGUCCAAUUCCACCCCGAAUCUACCCCUGGCCCCCGCGAUACUGAGUUCCUCUUUGACACCUUUUUGCAAACAGUCGUUGACUUUAAGGCUUCAAAAACUCUUAAACCUGUUACUUUCCCCGGUGGCACCCGCGCUGAAAAUGACUUGAAGCACCCCCGUGUCAAGGUCCAAAAGGUCUUGGUCUUGGGUUCCGGUGGUCUUUCCAUUGGUCAGGCUGGUGAGUUUGAUUAUUCUGGAUCCCAAGCCAUCAAGGCUCUUAAAGAAGAAGGUAUCUACACUAUUCUUAUCAACCCUAACAUUGCCACCAUUCAAACAUCAAAGGGUCUCGCUGAUAAGGUUUACUUCUUGCCCGUUACCCCUGACUUUGUCCGCAAGGUUAUCAAGUACGAGCAUCCUGAUGCCAUUUACGUUACCUUUGGUGGCCAAACUGCCCUUAACGUUGGUAUCCAGCUUAAGGAUGAGUUUGAGUCUCUUGGUGUUAAGGUAUUGGGUACCCCCAUUGAUACCAUCAUCACCACUGAAGACCGUGAGCUCUUUGCCCGCUCUAUGGAGGAAAUUGGUGAAAAGGUUGCCAAGUCUCAAACCGCUUCUUCCAUCCCUGAAGCUCUCGAAGCUGUCAAGGGUAUUGGAUUCCCAGUCAUUGUUCGUGCCGCUUAUGCUCUUGGUGGUCUCGGCUCGGGCUUUGCUGAAAAUGAAGCUCAACUUGUUGACCUUUGUAACAAGGCCUUUGCUGCUUCUCCUCAAGUUCUCGUCGAACGCUCUAUGAAGGGCUGGAAGGAAAUUGAGUACGAAGUUGUCCGUGAUGCCUUUGACAAUUGUAUCACUGUUUGCAAUAUGGAAAACUUUGAUCCUCUUGGUAUCCACACUGGUGAUUCUAUUGUCGUGGCUCCUUCCCAAACUCUUUCUGAUGAAGACUACAAUAUGCUUAGAACUACCGCUGUCAAUGUCAUUCGCCAUCUUGGUGUUGUCGGUGAGUGCAACAUUCAGUAUGCCCUUAACCCCUUCUCUAAGGAAUACUGCAUCAUUGAAGUCAAUGCUCGUCUUUCUCGUUCUUCUGCCCUUGCCUCCAAGGCUACCGGCUACCCCCUUGCCUUUAUUGCUGCCAAGCUUGGUCUCAAUAUCCGUCUUGAUGAAAUUAAGAACAAGGUUACCAAGGUCACUUGCUCCUGUUUUGAACCUUCUCUCGACUAUGUCGUUGUUAAGAUCCCCCGUUGGGAUUUGAAGAAGUUUACUCGUGUCUCUAAGGAACUUUCUUCUUCCAUGAAGUCUGUUGGUGAAGUCAUGUCUAUUGGCCGUACUUUUGAAGAGGCUAUCCAAAAGGCUAUCCGCUCCACUGACUACCACAAUCUUGGUUUCAACUCUACUGAUGCUCUCAUGUCUAUUGACAUUGACUCGGAGCUUCAAACCCCAUCUGACCAACGUCUUUUUGCUAUUGCCAAUGCUCUUGACUCUGGCUACUCGGUCGAUAAGGUUUGGUCCAUGACCAAGAUUGACAAGUGGUUCCUUAACAAGCUCAAUGGUCUUGUCCAAUUUGCAAAGUCUCUUACCCAAUACACGGUCCACCAAAUCCCUCUCAAUGUCAUUCGUGAGGCCAAGCAACUUGGCUUUGAAGACCGCCAAAUUGCCAAGUUUGUCGGCUCUAACGAGAUUACCGUUCGCCGCCGCCGUGUCGAAGCCGGUAUCACUCCCUUUGUCAAGCAAAUUGAUACCGUUGCUGCUGAGUUCCCUGCUUACACCAACUAUCUUUACUUGACUUACAAUGCCGACUCUCACGAUAUUGAGUUUAACGACCACGGUUACAUGGUCCUUGGUUCUGGUGUUUACAGAAUUGGUUCUUCUGUCGAGUUUGAUUGGUGUGCUGUCCGCACUGUUCGCACUCUUCGUGAACAAGGCGCCAAGACUAUUAUGAUUAACUACAACCCUGAAACCGUUUCCACUGAUUACGAUGAGGCUGACCGUCUUUACUUUGAAGUCAUUAACCUCGAGCGUAUUCUUGAUAUUUACGACCUUGAGGCUUCCUCCGGUGUUGUUGUUUCUAUGGGUGGUCAAACUUCUAACAAUAUUGCCCUUACUCUUCACCGCCAAAAUGUCAAGAUUCUUGGUACUUCCCCUGAAAUGAUUGACUCUGCUGAAAACAGAUACAAGUUCUCCCGUAUGCUUGAUACCAUUGGUGUUGAUCAACCCGCCUGGAAGGAACUCACUUCUUUUGAAGAAGCUGAGAUUUUUGCUGACAAGGUUGGUUAUCCUGUUCUUGUCCGUCCCUCUUAUGUCCUUUCUGGUGCUGCCAUGAAUACUGUUUACUCUAAGGACGAUCUCAAGUCUUAUCUCCAGCAAGCUGUUGAGGUUUCUCGCGAUUACCCCGUCGUCAUUACCAAGUACAUUGAGAAUGCCAAGGAAAUUGAAAUGGAUGCUGUUGCCAAGGAUGGUAAGCUUCUUAUGCACGUUGUUUCUGAGCACGUUGAGAAUGCUGGUGUUCACUCUGGUGAUGCAACCCUCAUUGUCCCCCCCCAGGAUCUUGACCCUGAAACUGUCCGCCGUAUUGUUGUUGCCACUGCUAAGAUUGGUAAUGCCCUUAAUGUCACUGGUCCCUUCAACAUUCAAUUCAUUGCUAAGGACAAUGAAAUCAAGGUCAUUGAGUGCAACGUCCGCGCUUCUAGAUCUUUCCCCUUUGUCUCCAAGGUCCUUGGUGUUGAUUUGAUUGAAUUGGCCACAAAGGCUAUUGCCGGUUAUGACGUUUCUCCUUAUCCUCCUGUUGAGAUCCCUGAGGAUUACGUUGCCAUCAAGGUUCCUCAAUUCUCCUUCUCUCGUCUUUCCGGCGCUGACCCCAUUCUCGGUGUCGAGAUGGCUUCCACUGGUGAGGUUGCCACUUUUGGCCACAAUAAGUAUGAGGCUUACCUCAAGUCUUUGAUUGCCACUGGUUUCACUCUCCCCAAGAAGAAUAUUUUGCUCUCCAUUGGUUCUUAUAAGGAGAAGAUGGAACUCUUGCCCUCUGUCAAGAAGCUCCACCAGCUUGGUUACUCUCUCUUUGCCACCUCUGGUACUGCUGACUUUAUCCAGGAACAUGGCAUCCCUGUCCAAUACCUUGAGGACCUUGACGAGGCUGAAGGUGAAAAGUCUGAGUACUCUCUUACCCAGCACUUGGCCAACCACCUUAUUGACUUGUACAUUAACUUGCCCUCCAACAAUCGCUUCCGCAGACCCGCCAGUUAUGUCUCCAAGGGUUACCGUACCCGUAGAAUGGCUGUUGACUAUGCUAUUCCUCUUGUGACCAAUGUCAAGAAUGCCAAGCUCCUUAUUGAAGCCAUUGCCCGCAAUAGCUCUUUGGAAAUCUCCUCGGUCGAUGCCCAGUCUUCCCACCGCACUGUCACCCUCCCUGGUCUUAUUUCCAUUUCCACCUUUAUUCCUGGCUUGACUGAUGUUACCACUGGUCCUCAGGAUGCUUCCAAGGUCCUCAAGACUGCUCUUGCUUCUGGUUUCACCAUGAACCGCAUCAUGCCCAUCUCUUCUGAUGGCUUGCUCACUGAUGCCGCCGAGCUUAAGAUUGCCCAAGACAAUGUUAAGAACAAUGCUGCCACUGACUACAACUUUUCUGUGGCUGCUACUGACUCUAACUUUGGCGAGCUUUCUCACAUUACUGGCUCUGUUGGUUCUCUUGUUGUUCCUUACCACUACAUUUCCAACAACUCCAACACUGUUACCACUGUUUCCGAGCACUUUACCCACUGGCCUUCUUACAAGCCCAUUGUCACCGAUGCUAAGGCUGCCUCCAUUGCUUCCAUCUUGCUCUUGGCUUCGCUCCACAACCGUCCCAUCCAUAUUACCAAUGUCACCAACAAGCAGGACAUUAAUCUCAUUGCUCUUUCCAAGGAAAAGGGUCUUCGCGUCACUUGCGAUGUCUCCAUCUACUCACUUUUCUUUGCUGCUGAAGAUUUCCCUGAGGUCAAGUCUAACUUGCUUCCCUCCAAGGCUGACAUUGCUGCUCUUUGGGACAAUCUCAAGGUCAUUGACAUUUUCUCCAUUGGCGGUCUUCCCUCUCGCUUGGCUCUUGAGCUUGGCUCUAAGGACAUUGCCGGUGCCGGUAUUGCCGAUGCUCUUCCUCUUCUCUUCACUGCUGUCAAUGAUGGCCGUCUCACCAUUGACGACAUUGUCUUGAGACUUUACACCAACUCUAAGCGCAUCUUUGAGCUUCACGAUCAGCCAGAGACUACCGUCGAGAUUGACUUGGACCGCAUUUCUGAGGCUCUCAAGCAUUCUCAGACCUUCUCUCCUGUCUCCGACAAGCCCCUCCGUGGUUUUGUUGAGCGUGUUACCUUCAACGGUAAGGUGGUUGCAUUGGGCGGUGAGCUCACUUCUACUGAGUUCUCUGGCAGAGACUACUCUUCUGUUCUUUUGCCCCACGUUGCUGCUCUUGCUGCUGGCUUGAACACUGUCACUGGUGUUUCUGCUCUUUCUUCUGGAACUUCUUCCAUUACUGAAUCUUCGGGCGCUCCUCUUGCUCCCAUCAUCACCACUCCUGGCUCCCCCCGCACUAAGCGUGUUUCCUUCAGCACCGCUGACCUCAAGUCUCCUCUUUACUCUCGUGCCGAGCUUGCCUCGUCCGUUAUUAAGGAGGAUGAGUCUAUCAUUGACACUCCCUCUGUUGAGGCUUCCGAGCAGUUUGUUGCUAUUCGUGAACCUAGCCCUCCCUCGGCUAUCCGCGAGGCUCUCCGCAACAGUCCAUUUUUACGUCGCCACGUUCUUUCUGUUCAGCAAUUCUCGCGCUCUGAUCUUCACCGCCUGUUUGCCACUGCUCAGGAAAUGCGUCUUGCUGUUGAGCGUGUUGGUGUUUUGGACGUUCUCCGCGGCCGUGUUUUGACCACCCUCUUCUUUGAGCCUUCUACUCGCACUUCCAGCUCCUUCAAUGCCGCCAUGCAACGUCUUGGUGGCCGUGUUGUUGCUGUCGCCACUGAAUCGUCCUCGGCUAAGAAGGGUGAGACUCUCCAGGAUACUAUCCGCACCAUGGCUUGCUACUCUGACGCUAUUGUCUUGCGUCACCCUGAAGAGAGCAGCGCCGCCAUUGCUGGCAAGUACUCCCCUAUCCCCGUCAUCAACGGUGGCAAUGGCUCUGUUGAGCAUCCCACCCAGGCCUUCCUCGAUCUGUUUACCAUUCGCGAGGAGCUUGGUACUGUGAAUGGCAUCAAUGUUACCUUUGUUGGUGAUCUCAAGUACGGUCGCCCCGUUCACUCGCUGUGCAAGCUGCUUCAGCACUACAAUGUCAAGAUCACUCUUGUCUCACCUGCCGAGCUAUCUCUGCCUGAGUCACUCAAGGCCAACCUCAGCAGCACUGGCCACCUUGCUUCUGAGUCUGAGCUCUUGACAGACUCUAUCAUUGCUUCUUCUGACGUUAUCUACUGCACUCGUGUGCAGAAGGAGCGUUUCGCCAAUGUCGCUGACUUUGACCGCCUCAAGGAUACUUAUAUCAUUGACAAUGCUGUUCUUGCUAAGGCCAAGAAGCACAUGUGCAUUCUGCACCCACUCCCCCGCAACAAUGAAAUCUCGGAGGAAGUGGACUUUGAUAACAGAGCCGCAUACUUUAGACAGAUGCGUUACGGUCUGUUUGUUCGCAUGGCUCUUUUGGCCAUGGUCAUUGGUGCUACUGAGUCUGCUUAG